AUGCCGCCCGCUGAGCCGGCGGAUGCGAACUCCCGUCGGCCGCGACGUGACGGCCAUCUCGACGUAGACGAUGACGGCGGCCACCCACGACGGAGCUCACGAGACCACGACAACCGCCAUCACCGUCCCCGCCUCGGCUCCCGUGACAGGCACCGCUCCUCGCUCACCCCAGAGGACGGCGACCGCCGUCGAGGCGGAGAGGCGCGCACGAGGAGACACCAUCGGGAGCCGGACAGGACGAGAGAUGGAGAGAGAGCCAGGGACAGGGAGAGGGUCAGGGACCGGGAUAGGAGCAAGGACAGGCGCAGGAGCAGAGACAGGGACCGCAGGCGGAGGCGGUCCCGGUCACGAUCAAGGUCACGAUCACGGUCACGCGACAAAAGGCGGCGGCCGCAACGCAAUGAUUCGGAUCGAGCCUCGCCGCCAAGGGAGCAAGCCGGCAAGGAUUUGGUCAAGGUCAAGCACCGAGGCCCUUUACCCUCCCAGGAAGCCUCCUUCGCCAUCAAUAAUUGCGAGGAACCCGAGCAGCCAAAGGAAAAGGCCAACUGGGGAACGACAGGUGUUCUGGCGGCCAUGUCAAACUCAGUCACCCAGGCUGACGGCACAUCCACCACGCUCAAGUACCACGAGCCGCCCGAGGCACGCAAGCCGUCAUCGCGGGAUCAGUGGAAGCUCUACGUCUUCAAGGGCGCCGAUAUCGUCGACUCGAUCGACCUCAACUUGAAGAGCUGCUGGCUCGUCGGCCGCGACGCCGGCGUCGUCGAUUUCAACGCCGAGCACCCCAGCAUCAGCAAGCAACACGCCGUCAUCCAGUUCCGCUACAUCGAAAGGCGUGACGAGUUUGGUGACAAGAUCGGCCGCGUGAAGCCCUACCUUCUCGAUCUCGAGAGCGCCAACGGCACCGUUCUCAACGACAGCAAGAUACCCGACAGCCGCUACCUCGAGCUGAGGGACAAGGAUAUGAUUCAGUUCGGGAGCAGCACGCCCCUCACUCGCCAUGAGAGAAGCCUCGGCCGCAUGGCGAGCCACCCCCUUGUCCUCGUUUGUCCUAGGAAUCCGCCUCACGAGUAUGGCGUGCUGAGCUCAGCUCAGCCUAGACUUAACUCGCCUGGCCAUGUUGACGGUGAUGAAGCCGACGAUGAGAUUCGAUGGAUUCGGUCCAUCGAGCACUCGCCUAGGCUUGCAACCCAUGCGAGGCUAGUCAUGGAAAACCGCCGAAACAAAGGCCGGCCGGGUCUCGCAUGGCAGACCAUCGAACCAAGGAACCGUCCCCACAUUGGAAAAAGGUGGUGCGGCGUGCCACACAACCGACCUGGCCGUGGUGGUAUCGAGGAAGGUCUCCGCGAAUCCGACCGUCUAGCUUUGGACAUGCAGCUCCCCAAUGCAACCGCCCUCCUCUGCCGAUAA